GAGGCAGAUUCUUUGCUUCUUAUACUGGGGAAAACAAGAAACCAGGGUGUUAUUCUUCAUAAGACUGAAGCAGAACACACCUUUACUUUCCUUCUGCAGCUCUAAUUAAACCACAAUUGCCAUGGAUCUGGUCUCUGUACUUCUGUCUGUUGUCAUUUGCAUAUUCCUAUAUAAAGUCUUCUAUGGAGGGGAAAAAGAAUCUCAGAACUUCCCUCCUGGGCCCAAACCAUUACCGAUCAUCGGAAAUUUUCAUAUGAUAAAUAUGAAGAAACCCCAUCUAACAUUUAUGGAGCUGGCUAAGAAGUACGGCUCAGUAUUCAGCAUUCAGCUCGGCCCAGAGAAACUCGUUGUGGUUUGUGGCGCUGACGCAGUGAAAGACGCUCUUGUCAACCAUGCCGAUGAGUUUUCAGCGAGGCCCACCAUUCCGGUAUUCGAUAAGACUUCAAAGGGACACGGUGUUUUUUUUGCUAAUGGUGAGAACUGGAAAGUGAUGAGAAGAUUCACUCUUUCUACACUAAGAGACUUUGGGAUGGGCAAGAAAACCAUAGAAGACAGGAUCUGUGAAGAAAGUGACUUUUUAAUGGAAACGUUCAAGUCCUAUAAAGGGAAGCCGUUUGAUAACACCAUGAUAAUGAAUGCGGCUGUAGCCAACAUCAUUGUGCACAUACUGCUCAACCACCGCUUUGACUAUCAGGAUCCAACGCUGCUCAAGCUUAUAAACAUAGUCAGUGAGAAUAUCAGCAUUGCUGCAAAACCAAUCGUUCUGCUAUAUAAUGCCUAUCCGUCUAUUAUGGAAUGGGUUCCCGGAACUCACAAAAGUGUCGCUGAGAACAUGUUGAAACUAUACAACUUUCUCAGAGAGACAUUUACCCAACACAGGGAUCAACUGGACGUAAAUGACCAGAGGGAUCUCAUCGAUGUAUUUCUGGUCAAGCAACAAGAGGAGAAACCUUCUUCUACAAAGUUCUUUAAUGACCAAAAUCUGACAGUACUUUUAGCCGAUUUAUUUGGUGCCGGAAUGGAGACGACUUCUACCACUCUUCGCUGGGGCCUCUUGUUCAUAAUGAAAUAUCCAGACAUUCAAAAAAAAGUCCAAGAUGAAAUUGACAAAGUGAUUGGAUCGGCGCAACCUCGGCUCGAACAUCGGAAAAAAAUGCCCUAUACUGAUGCCGUUAUCCAUGAGAUUCAGAGAUUAGGAAACCUUGCACCUAAUGUUGGCCAUGAAACAACUACGGACGUCACAUUCAGGGGUUAUUUUAUUCCAAAGGGAACCCAAGUGAUAAUACUGCUGACAUCUGUUCUCCAAGAUAAAGAUUAUUUCAAAAAGCCAGAAGAAUUUUACCCGGAACAUUUCCUUGACUCGGAAGGAAAUUUUGUGAAAAAUGAGGCCUUCCUUCCCUUCUCUGCAGGUCGAAGAAUUUGCGUCGGAGAGACAUUGGCCAAGAUGGAACUCUUCUUGUUCUUCACAAAGUUACUGCAGAACUUCACAUUCCAACCCCCUCCUGGAGUUGAGGUCGAUCUAACUUGUGCCGAUGCAAUUACAUCCAAACCGCUGGAGCAUCAGAUCUGUGCUUUGCCUCGCAGCUAGAGCAAAUCACAUCACAAAUAAAACUCUUUAUUCAAAAAAAUAGAAAAACAGAAAGAGCUUUUGUAAUCUAAAAGGGACAUAUUCAAUGUUUAAUGGCUUUUGGUUAAAAAUAAUAAGUUUGUCAGCUUUUAGGUGCUGAACUUUUUUAAUAACAAAAGCCUAUUUGAAAAAGUAGCCGAGGCAUUCGGGCCUGAAACCCCCAUGUGAGUUUGCUAAGGCCGGAGGCUCCAACAAUCAUAUAUAGGCCCCUGAGACUUGGUGGGAUGAAACUCUGCUAUUCUUCAUAUUAUACUCAGGCCUCUCCUCGUCAGCUCAUAAAAUGGGAAUAUAUAUCAACUUAUACAAAUCUGUAAAACAAAUUCUAUAGCGGAACAUACAGUUGAACUGGGUGUAGGGGGUUUCUUGGAGAAUUUUUCCCAAACAUUUUUGGUGAUAAAAGCAAAGUGUCUUUAUUGUGAUCUGUUCCACAACAUUAACCCUAAUCAAGAACCUAUAGAGACCAACACAGCUUAGUAUCCAAUUUUUUUUGGAGAGAUAUGUCACAAAUAUUGGGGGAUACAAGGAACAAGUAUCCAGACAAUCUCAAGUAGAGGGUGGUCUCAAGAGACAAGGGGAAAAUAUCCAACGAGGCACAAACCCUAAAUAUAGUCAAUCUUUCCAAUCAUAAGCUUAACCCUGCCCAUUUGGCUGAAAUAUUUUAUUUGAUUUAGGCAAUAUUUUAACGAUUGAGUAACCUCAAAGACAAACAGAAUGGAUUUUCAAACUAAAUAUGUGUAACCCUAAGAUAGGAUUAAAUGCAAUAUUGCAAUUUCAAGCUUUUUGGGGUUUUUUUCCCUUUUUUCUUCCUGCCUAAUAAUAAGAGAUAAGAGUAAAUGUGCAAGAAAAGUUGGGGUAUGUAUGUUAUAUGCAGUUUUGCUGACCAAUUAUUUGGAGAAUUUGAAUGGUAUAAACUUAUUAUUAUGCCUG